UCGGAUCCCACUCGAUCUCGUCGGAAUCCAUGGCUGCACCACACCCGCCGCCCGAGCUCCCUCCAGGAUGCCCUUCGCCUUAUGGAUGGCUCUCUGGGCCGGUCGAGAAGCUAUUCUGUAUCAGCGUCGCUGCUGUUGCCAACGAAUCCCAAUGCGCCGCAGCGGUGCCAUUCUUCCCGGCCCUCGAUGAAGACUCACUGCGUUGUCUCGACGACGGAAUGGAGUCCCUGACUGAAUGCGACGAACCCAAGUGCCGGUCCCAGCUACUGCCGCUGCUGCUUGAGCGAGCGGUGUCCCUUGCCGUCGUGAUGGACUCGCAUACCUGGGGUCAGCGUCCUUCGGAGACCAUUGGCGCUCUGCAGCAGGUCUACUGGACGCACUUUGAAUGGCUCGGCCCAGAGCACGAACAGGCAAUGCGAUACUGCUGGGAGCGAUAUGCCGAGGGCAGUGUGCAUCUUGCCCUGCUGGUCCUGUGCACCCGGAUCGAGCGUCUGCUCGGCGAUGUCAUUGCCUCAAGCAGCCCCGAUGGCGUCCCGUUUCUAUUGCGGGAGAUUCUGCUGUCGCCAGUUCUCCAAGGAACGCUGAGCCGGCCCUUGCUCAACCUGCUGUAUGCUCUGGUUGGCACGCCAGACGGGAUGAACGUGAGGAACGUCCUGUGGCAUGGAUUUGUCUUGGCACCAGCAAUCGACUACUCGGAACGGUGCUACUUUGUGUUGCUGUGGGUCGUGUUCUUCAAGAUCAUCGAGGAGUUUCGGCAGCAUGGGCUCCAACUGGCUCCUCGUCCAUCAGUCAGUCUCGACCGCUAUUUUCCGCAGGGACAACCCGAUGCCCAAGCUGGUUCUGGAGUGGAAACAUCUAUCGACCCACUCGAAUCAACCUGUCCAGCCCCUUUUCGAUUCGUGCUCAUCCCGGAGUCGGCUCGACAGCAAUCUCGAAGCGCGGUUCUGCAACGCUUGCUCUGUGCCUCUGCGUUUCCUCUGGAGCAUACGAAGCCGAUGUGGUCCGACUCAUUUUCGAGACUCGAUAUUGGCGACGACUUUGGCUUUCUGGUGUUGUCGCUGCCCUUGCUGGAGCAAGCGCUUCGCCGGAUAUACAUAUCUGCAAACCAGCUGUCGCCCGAACGUCUCUGCGCAACCAACGAAGGCGUCUUUUACAUCCUACUGGACGAUAUGCUCAAGGCUCAAUGCGAUGGCUGUCCGAACCAGUUGAUCAGUGUCGUCGGUCGGCCAACGAUGGGUCUCCUAAGGGACUUGUUUUCAUGGCCCGAUGGACCACGGAUCCGCGACCGACUUUCCCACGGCGAAGCCGCAACAUCGGCACAGCUGGCGAAGAUCUGUGUGGCAUUCGAGACAGCGCUUGCGCUGCUGCUCUUGAAGUCGACCGACCCAGACCAUCCAGCACAGCAAUGCAUCUUCAACAGCAUCCCCAUCACAGCCCUCGAGUCGGUUGAGGACCGAUAUUGCCCGCAGUAUCACCCGCUGGCAAAGCUCCAAGCCCGUGUCGAGCACGGCCUCCGGCUGGUGCGGAGGUGUAUCGUUCUUGGCCACGAAGUGCUGGGCCUGAUUCGCAACGAGAAGGCCAAGGAGUAUGGCGACGAAACCCUGGAAGUCGAUCGUGGGUUUUAUCGACCUAGCCCUGAAGCCAGUGAUGCAGCCGCAGUGAUCGAGUGCUUCUCUCGGCUUGGCUUGGAUGAUACCAUUUUGACGCAAAUCGAGCAGCUCGCGGUCCACGACAGCGCUUCUUUCCAGCCAGGUGAUCUCACCGCCAUCGCCAAGUCCGUCGGCGGAACUCCGAGUCCGGACUACGAAAGCGAGCCGGUGCCGUUUGUCGGCCAGCUCGCCCAAGCCGCAGACAAGAUCCAGAACAUCCUUGCCAGUAUCUACCGCAAAGGCAGUGAGCUGCAGAAUUACUGCCAUGCCGGACAGCUGGAUGUGGCGCGGCGACGGCGGUCUGUCUUUGAGCAGUAUCCGAACCAGACCCGGCCGAUCCUGUGGAUUGCGGUGCUCGUGCUGGCGAUGGUCAAGCGCAUGGCACAAUGGAGCCCCUGGCAAGGGCCACCAGCCACGGCUCCCACAGCACAUUUGGACCAUGACGGGAUGGCGGCCAAUACCAUCCAUACGCCCACACCCAAGCACGCAGCAAAAAUGACCCGCAAGCUCGUCGUGCUUGCUGAUCGAAUCCUGCCGCUGGUCGAGGAGAGGCGGUAUGUCGAGGUGCCAGGACUGUUCACGGCGUUUGCCGCGGACUGGGGCCGUGCGAACGCAACUCAUCCACCCGCGAGGCCACGGCAGUGAAGCCCCGAUUGGAUAUGGAUCCUCGGGCAGCUUACGAGGAUCGUUCUGGCCAUGACGACCGAGGAGGCGAGCCCCGCAUUUGCCCCGUGCGCUGAAUAGCCACUUGAAUACAGCCCGCUCGGGCCGUCGAUGCACUCCGAGGCAUCCGUUCUCUCGAUUGCAUCGGGUGGCGCUGCCAGGCUGUCGCACACGAUGCCCGAAAUGGAC